CUCAUUGGUUACACCGGGAUGUUGUGUAACAGCUUAACAACAUCCCUGACUCGUUUUGCUUCAUUUUUUAUUAAAUAAAUUGCAUUUUCUUUAAAUGCUUGUAUCGUUAAGAACGCAGACGUUAGCGUGGCAGCUGUUGCUACAAUGACAGCUAACGAGCUAGCUUACCCACUUAGCGACUUCCUGACAAUUAGUUUUUUUUCAUGAGCUCUGGGCUGUGGAGAAAAUCGCUGCUUGAUAAGAAUGUCAGCUACCGUGUUGGGCGUCGGAACGGGAGUUUUCAUCAUCGGAGUGGUGUGGAUUUUGGCUGCGGUGUUUGGAAUGAUGCUGCUGAGAGCAGCUGGACCCACACAGCUAGGGGUAAUCCCAGUGUUCCUACUCGCUCUCCUUAUCACUCUGGCAUUGGUGUAUUUCCCACGUAGCCCAGAAACCCCAACCACUUUCAAAGAGUUGAAGAUAGUGGACACUUUGUUCAUUGGUCGCUACAUACUGCUGGCAGUGGUGAGUUCAAUCUUUUUGCUGGCCGUCUUCAUGCUGCUUCCUUUUCAUUUCCUGGAGCUCGUUUAUGCCAAACCCUUAAAGACUCGCUAGAACUGCCAGGGUCAAACUUGGCACCAGGAGUGUGAAUCUUACAGUUUAAGAAGUGUGAGGGCAUGGAGAGGCCCCUCUUCAUCUGGGAACAGACUGAAUGUAUCCUAAAAAAGAGCUUUUGGGGGGGGGGGGGGCAGAGUUUGUAAGGUGUUGAUGCAUUUUUGGAUGACCAAAAAAAAAAAAGAAAUCACAGGCUAAACUGCAACUUGUUUGUUUAUAUUUUG